GCCGAACUGACGAAAGAAAUGCCUUCAAGAGAAGCUCCAGUUUCAAGAGAAGGUUCCGUUUCGUCAUAGUCAUAAAGGGAGAAGGAGAGCUGAGAUUGUAAACAGCAAGGAAGCCCUUAUACCUGCCUACCAAACAUUUUCAUAAUGGAUUCACAAAACCCAAGAGCAAGCAAGGUUGGAAAUGAAUCCAUCUUUAAGAAGGAGAGAGAUGAGCGGAGAAAGCUGAUUACCUCUUCACACAAAUACAUGUUUGAAAUAUUGGCAAAUGAGCUAUCUUUGACCCCAUCGGCAGUUGAGGAAUUUGUUUUAGAUUCUCCAUCGCUGGCUGCUUUUGAUAAAUUCUUCGCUGCUGGAGGUUGUAAAACGAUCUCCUUUGUCUACCAGGAGUCUGACCCCCCAGGAGUAGAAUGUGGGCGCGCACUUCAGGGACCUGCCGCACGAGAAAAAGGACGCAGGCUGAUUUUAGCCGAUUUAAGAGAAAUCUCUCUGACCGGACUCUGCUGCUAUUUUGUUCGAACAGACGUGAACGAUCCUGUGACUCCUGAAAGAAUACACGAGCAAACUUGUUUCUCUGUGUUUGAUGCCACUGAGGGCCUCCUAAAAGGACUAAAGAAUGCCUAUGGAUUUCUGCUACCAAUUCUUGAGGCACAGGACAACUGGGGAGCGUUGGACCAGUCAAAACACGGGGAAAAAACAAAAAAGAUCUUCUUGGAGAACUUCAAACAUUUCCUGGGCACGCUUGAUGGGGUCAACUUUUCCAAACUGACGUGUCUUGAAGAGAUGAAAGUCGCAGCUUCUGACUUUGAGGAAGUGCAGCGACUGGAAGAGAUUCUGAGGCGCUGGUGCAAGGAAAUUGAACAAGUCCUGACUGAGGAUGAUCAGUUGAGGAAAAUAGAUGCUGAGGGACCUCUGAGCGAGUUAGAAUACUGGAAGAAGAAGCACUCAAAGUUCAGCUCCAUCGUCAAUCACAUGAAAAGUGAAGAGUGUAAUGCAGUGGUAAUGGUGUGGCGGGAUCUGGACAGGAGGAUAACAGAUCGUGUAAAUGAAUCAAAAGACUAUUUAAAAUUCCUGUCCACACUGGAGAAAGUCUUGGAAGCACUGUAUAACAAUGACCCGGACUGCAUAACUUUGUUUGAGGCGUAUCGGUCCUUCUUCAUGAAAAAAAGCUAA